CCUCAGCGGGCGUCGUUCGCAAUCGACAACUUGUUUCAUCCACGGAGUUUGGAAUAAGUCCUGCUGAAGGUCAUCCUAAAAUUGUGAACGAAUUCAUUGGACAUCACAUGCUUGGCGUACCAGCUUUUGGAGCGUUUUGAGGUGGCAAUACGCUUCUAGCGAUGCCGUUCAGCGAAGAAAGUAAAAACUCGGCAAUUGAGGCAUACAACAAUGCCUUUUAUAACAAGGACUCGAAUCUGGUCGGCUACUAUUGCGUGAAUACUGCGAAGCGCGGAAAACCUGGGCGAGGCAACUUUUGGACGACGUGCGAGCAGAUCGAAGCACUCGAAGAUGCUGCAAAACGAAGCUCCCCUAUGAAAACGGUGUACCAGGGGAUGAUCACCGAACUUGUGAAUGGGCUCAACCAAAUCGUGAGCGGCACCCCCCAUUGGCAUUCCUGGAACAUGUUCAACGACGACAUUAUGUGGGGGGUCAUCGCCCUGGUACGAGGCUAUGAGCUGACAGGCAAAACCAACCAGGAGUUCCUUCAUCAAGCGCAAGUGCAGUUCAACGAGGUCUGGAGAAGAGGGUUUGACGAUUCGUUGGGCGGUGGUCUUUGGUGGAAGUACAAUGAUCCUGUCAAAACCAAAAAUGCAUGUGUGAACUUCCCGGCCAUCAUUGCCGCCAUGUACCUCGCGCGAAACACUGUGAAUACCGGAUUCCGUUCACAGGCAGAGCAGCUAUGGAAGUGGUCCCGUGAAAACCUGUACAACGAGACAACCGGGCGAGUGAGCGACCACAAGAAGUCAGAUGGCAAACUCGACACCAAAUCCUACACCUAUAACCAAGGCACCUUCAUCGGUGCGGCAUAUAUGCUGUACCUGCACACUCGAAACAAGGGCUACCUUGCCGAUUGCCGUCUUGCCGCUUCCUUUGCUAUGAAGCACCUGACAACAAAGUCAAAAGGUGUAGACAUCCUCGACAACAAUGAGGGGAACGGCAACGAUGGCCCUGGUUUCAAAGGCAUCUUUGCCCGUUGGUGCAGCAAAUAUGCGAAGAAAGCAGACGAUGAGACCAUGAAGGAGUGGUUAUGCGCAAAUGCAGAGAUGGCCUGGAAGAACCGAAACCGGGAGACGAAGCUUAUGGGGACCAAAUGGCAGGACCCCACCCCACACAACCGGGAGCUCACCUCGUGGGAGUGCUCCAGUGGCCUCUCCAUCACCCAAAAUGCCCCCUAACUCCAUCCAUCCAUCCAUCCAUCCAUGUGGGUGUGGAUGUUGAUGUGGAUAGGGUUCCUAAUUUUGUACUCAACUGGAGCUUCUUGCAAUGUUCAGAGAUUAAGUCGUGAAAGUUUAGUUUUGGGACUAGUUGUCCGACCCACAACACUUGUUUCUAAAAUACAAAUGAGAGAGGUGAGUGUGAAAUGUUCUUUUUUGCAUAGGGACAUUAGCAAGUUUGAAAGGAAUCCAAUGCUAUUAGCUUCACAAUUUUCUAAGACCAUUCAAAUAAACUACAGGUUUGAUGGGAAUCCAAUGCUAUUAGUAUCAUAAUUUUUGAAGAUUAUACAAAUAAACUACAAGUUAUCUAA